CGCAAGUAUCGUGCAACACCGACUCGUGAACUGCUACACUGUUUUAAAAAGAAACGCUUUACUUCUAUUGCGUAGCUUGACACCUGCAUUUGCCAGCCCCGACACAUCAACUUCCGCGAGCUAGUCCCCGCCCGUGUCUGUGCCAUCCGCUAAAGGCAUAUUGCUGUAAUGGGUACAGCUACCAACAAGGACCAGGUUACCCGCGGAACAACAGCAUCCGCUGCCCGUAAGACUCUUGGAGACCGUGAGAAGUUUGAGACAUACAAGGGCGAAAAGCGUGCGGCUGUCCAGGCGCGGAAGGCUCCUCGCCGCCAGAAGUCCCUCGCCGCGGACUUCCCCCUCGGCACCACCGGCCUCUACCUCACCCUCCUCACCUUCAUCGCAUUCGUCGCUGCGGCCAUCUACUGGGUGGUGGUCAUCGCCUAUCCCUCCAACUAAGCAGCGGGCGCCGUACAUCGCUAUAACGGUUGGCUGACUGCUGGCUAACUGCUGGAAGAUAGAUUCAGCGGGUGUCAACUAGCUGGUGUCCCGUUCAGCAACUGCAGCCCUUCGUACGGCAAUCCAGUUCCAGUAAGGCAACUCUUUACCAAAGAGUACGGCACCGCAUCAUUAGGAGAAAGUAUCAACACAGCAUUAUCAUCAUUCGACUCAGCUUGAAGGAGGAUCGAUAGUGGAAGGGACUAAGAGGGGAGGUAGCCGGAGUUCGCAACACCCUGAAGCAAGUAGACAGGGACCCAUCCAGUACAUACGGCAUAUCCAAGCUCUUGCAACAGCAGCCAUCCGCAACAGGAAUAACUACAGCAACAACAGUAACACCACCACCAACAACAGUAGCAGCAGCAGCAGCAACCAGCCAUGAAGCUGCUGUCCCAGGGGUUCGCCAAGGGGGCGGAGGGCUACGUCAAGCUGCUGCCCGAGGAAGCCGAGGACAUGUGGCACGUGUACAAUCUGGCUCGCGAGGGCGACCACAUCACCGCCACCACCUUCCGCAAAGUGCAGGUUGACAAGGGCACGGGUGCGGACACGGAGCGGCUGAAGCUGAAGCUGACACUGGAGGUGGAGGGCAUCGAGUUCGAUGCGGAGGGCGGCGUCAUCCGCAUCAAGGGCCGUAACCUCACCGAGUCCGAGCACAUCAAGCUGGGCGCUUACCACUCGCUCGAGCUGGAGAUGGGGCGCGCGUUCACACUCAGGAAGGCUGCCUGGGAUGCGCUGGACAUUGAGCGCAUUCGCCUGGCCACGGAUGCUGCGCUCUCCGCUGACCUGGCGGCGGUGCUCAUAACGGAGGGUCUAGCGCACGUGUGUCUGGUGGGCGGCAGCACGACGCUGGUUCGAGCCCGGGUGGAAGCAAACCUGCCGCGGAAGCGAGGAGCCGCGGCACUGGGGUACGACAAGGCCUGGUCUCGCUUCCUGGACCACGUGUUUACGGCGGUGGUACGGCAUGUAGACUUUGGGAUCGUCAAGUGCCUCGUCAUUGCGGGACCGGGCUUUGCCAAGGACCAGUUCAAGGAGUAUCUGGAGGCGGAGGCGGUGCGGAGGGAGGUCAGGCCGCUCAUCGAGAACAAGGACAAGAUCCUGCUGGCGCCCGCCUCCUCCGCAUACAAGCACAGCCUCAAGGAGGUGCUGUCGUGCCCGGGUAUCGCCUCCCGCAUCAAGGACACCAAGGCCGCCCGCGAGGUGGGCGCGCUGCAGGACUUUUACGACCUGCUGGCCGCCGACCCCGCCCGGGCCUUCUACGGCCCCGGACACGUCUUCGCAGCCGCUGAGCUGGGCGCCAUCCAGGUGCUGCUGAUCAGCGACUCGCUGUUCCGAAUCAACCAUGUAGCCAAGCGGCGCAAGUACGCGGAGCUGGUGGAGGGGGU